AUGUCUCGCAACCAACAAACCCAAUUCUCUUCUUUUCACCGGCCUGCUCCUCGCCAGGGCGGCCGGCCCUCCGGCACUGGGGCUUGGAGAUCCGCUCCUCAAAAUUCUCAUAACCAACGCUCCCCUCAAACCUAUUCCCCUGGCCAUGGUCAGAGGAAUAACUACCAAAACAACCCCCAAAACAACCACAAAAACAACUACCACAACAACAGGAACAACGCCCAUAAGGGAGUGUUCCAUAACAAUAAGCCUCGCCACGCCGGCGCUGGUUUAGAUUUCGACAACGACACCACAAUGACGGGGAUGCCGUCUCCGUACUCAGCUAAGCAGUGGAGGCGGAUUCAAUAUCUCCGUCAGCUCCGUGACACCCACCAAUAUGAAAAACUCGACCGGGAACUCAACGGUCCAGACUCGAAGCCGCAACAGGACGUGGACAUGGUGGAUGCUCCUCCCCUCCAAACACCUGAUCCUCGCUACUCCGAUCUGGAUAUGCUUGAUGUUCCCGACAACUUCUAA